AUGAGGUGGGUGCAGCCUUCUGGCUCAAGUGCAUUCAUGGCUAUUCCUGUUAUUAAUAGUAGAAUGGAAAUGUGGGAAUGCCUGAAAUCAAAUGCUGGGCAAUGUGAGUGUGUAUUCAACAUUUUACUCCUAUUACUGUCACCUUAUCAAAAUCCCUUUGUGGAAUGUAGACAGGGACUUGUUGUCCUCCAUAUCUAUUCAUAUCAUGAGGGAGACAAGAGCAAUAAGUUGAAAGAGGUGCAAGCUGUAUUAUGGUAUACGGACACUUUGAAGCCGAAGUCUACGCUUGAAGAACAUUCAGGUUUGAUUACUGAUGUUCGUUUCAGUCCAAGCAUGUCACGCCUUGCAACAUCUUCAUUUGACAAAACCGUCAGAGUCUGGGAUGCUGACAGUCCUGGUUAUUCGAUUCGUACAUAUAUGGGACAUUCUGGUAACGUUAUGUCACUUGACUUCCAUCCAACUAAGGAUGAUCUUAUCUGCUCUUGUGAUGGUGAUGGUGAAAUACGAUUCUGGAGUAUCAACAACAGGAGCUGUACAAGAGCUUUCAAGGUAUGAUCUUGCUUCGUGAGAUUUCAACCUCGCCUCGGAAAAUAUCUUGCAGCAGCUGCUGAGAAUGUUGUAUCUAUACUGGACACCGAGACUCAAACUUGCCGGCACUCAUUACAGCAGGGACAUACUAAACCGAUCCAUUUUGUAUGCUGGGACCCUUCAGGUGAGCUUCUAGCAUCCGUUAGUGCGGACUCUGUCCGAGUUUGGUCCUUUGCGUCAGGCAGUGAAGGGGAAUGUGUUCACGAAUUGAGCUGUAAUGGCAACAAGUUCCUCUUGUGUUUCCAUCCUUCGUUUCAAUCAUGGCUCGUUAUUGGCUGUUACCAGGCAGGAUUCAUCGCUGCCUUGGCUGUAUCACCGGUGACAAGGUUGGUUUCUUCCGCAAGUCAUGACAAGUUCGUUAAACUGUGGAAGUGA